AUGGUUUUGAAGUUGGCUGCUUCCGUUUUAUUUUUAAUUUUAGUGAAAGAAUGUGUUGAUGCCAAAAAUAUAAUUGUCAAAAGAGAUUCCAAUAAAAAUGAAUCGACCUCCUCCUCCUCCGCCUCCUCCAUCUCAUCUUCUUCUUCUUCUUCUUCGUCGUCGUCGUCUUCAGAAGAAGAAAAUGAGGAAAAUUCACGUCAUCAACUAAUUCCAAUCAGUAAAAAGGAUGAUGGAAAUGUUUCAACGAAAACUGACCAUCUCAUUCAUUCCUAUAAUGAUACAAGGAAAGAACGAAUGAAAAAUAUGUUCGAUGAAAUGGAGAACAAGAACUCAUCUUCAUCUGUCAGUUCAGAAGAGCAAAUGACGAAUAUGAAUAACAUUCAGACGCUCAUUCUACCUCUUGUCUCACGAGAUGUUGAGCACAUAUCCCCUCCUGAUAUCUAUUCGGAUCUGUCUGAAGAAUCAGAAGAGGUUCUAAUUGAAGUUGAAACCAUCUCACCUGUCGGUUUCUCCUUUCCCUACAUGAUGUCUAUCAACUUCGAGAUCACUCAAGUCAUAAUCUAUGCCCUUAUAUUCUUACUAAUAGCCUAUUUAUUCAAACGACUUCAUCAUUACAUGAAGAAGAGUCAACAACCCGUUGGCCCAAUCACCAAGAACCCAGUUGUAGCCAUGGAACAAGCGAAUGUCACAUACACAUCGUCAACAUGA